AAGUUAACCUGAAGGUAAGAUCAUAAGAUGUCAGGCUACAAUCAGCCUGGAGCCAAGAGGCAGAAGGUGCGAGAGGCAAGACCGGGAGACAAUGUUGACUACUUUCAAGGCAUAGACAAGGUAGAGUACAACAACCUAGCGCCGCCGACGGACGGUAGCGGGUACCGGUACUACUGCAGCGAGCGCGUGCACUCCCGCGCUUUGGACGACUGGCUCAAGCUCAGCGUUUGUCUUUCGGAUUUUAGGAACGGGUCAGACAGCCACAAGUCCCCCCACCGGCCGUGGGACGACGGAUCCCACACCAUAGACAACCACAAGCGCUGCAUCAAGGCUCUUUUCGACUUCUGCACCAAACUGGGCAUCAAAUACUGGACUGCUUUCGACUCGGACCUGGUGCCGUAUUGCGAUAGCUGGGAAGAAAAUAAGCAGCAUUGGGAUGAAGUGGUGGAGUUUGUGCAGGAGUUGGGACAGAGGAGCCAUGUUAAGCUGCUGUGGCUGGCGCCUGAUUUGCAUUCGCAUCCGCGAUAUGCCUCCGGUGCCUUCACGAGCAACGAAUCCACGACAUACGCCCAGGCCGCGACGCAAAUCAAGAAAUGCCUCGAAGUGAGUCAGCGCCUCAACGCUGAAUGUUUUCUGAUCUGGCCACACAGAGAAGGCUGCGACAAUAUCUUUCAAACUGACGUCACCAGGGAAAUCAAAUUAUUCGCCAAACUUCUCAAAAUCACCGCCGAAUACAAAGACAGGCUGAAUUACAGAUGCCAGCUCCUAAUGAUGCCGUAUUACAACUGUAAUUCGAGAUAUUACAACUGUAAUUUCGGCAGCUGGCAACACCAGAGUUGGAGGGACGAUGUUGUUAAUAGAUACAUGUGGGAUGUGACGAGUUGCUUGUACUUUUUGAAGAGCUACAAUUUGGAGAGAUAUUACAAAGUGUGCUCGCCGCCCGGACAUCACAUGUUUAUGGCCAAUGUGUACAACAUGUUGGGCGGUGUGGUCAUCACCAAUGACGUGGACCACUACAACACCAAGCAAUUCACGCUCAUGAUGAAAUGCAUCAUUGAUCAGGUGCCAUAG